AUGAGCCCAGACAGGAUAACGAGGCCCAUUAAUAUUUCCCGAACCUUUCAAAUUGCGUUCACACUAUCUGAAAAGGGUAGUCCCUCGCAUCAUCAGUUAGCUCAUCACCAUCGUCUCUCUUUCAAGCUUCUCUUUAGUCAAACAGCAGUUGAUUCACAGGGAGCAACGAUAUUGGAUCAGCGCGUUUGCAUCACUCGUUGGGGACAACAUCACGAGGAGUUUGACUUCUGGAACGCGACUCCACGGAGCUUUGAAGAUGAAGCUAACUCACAUCCUACUUAUCCUCAACGAGGCGAGUUCAAUGCCGGAGAAGCAGUGACAAAAGCACAAGAAGUGGUGAAAACAAUGCUGGCUACCGGCUUCGUUUUAGGCAAAGACGCUUUAACCAAAGCUAAAGCCUUUGACGAAUCCCACGGUGUAUCAGCUGCUGCAGCUGCUAGAGUAUCUCAACUAGACCAGAGGUUCGGUCUCGCUGACAAAAUCUUCGCUGGAGUUGAAGCUGUUAGAUUGACCGAUAAGAAGUACCAUGUUUCAGAUAAAGCCAAAUCAGCCGUCUCUGCCACGGGAAGAACCGCGGCUGCAGCUGCGAGUAGUGUUGUCAAUAGCAGUUACUUCUCAAGUGGAGCUCUUUGGUUGUCCGGUGCGUUAGAGCGGGCUGCUAAGGCUGCCUCUGAUCUCGGCUUUAUCAUGGCUGCUUCUUCAAUUCCGCCGUCAACCGCCGCAACCUCCGUCGUCCGCAAAUCGCUCCUCCUCUCCACCACCUUCUCCUUCCCUGCUUCCUCCUUGUCUUCCUCCGUCAAAUUACCGCAAAAACACAUACACAAAAGACUUAUCUUAGCUUCCUCCUCCUCCUCCGCAGUUCCUUCCGAUUCCAAACCGGCAGCUAAGAAAGAAACAGUCUACUUCGACGGCGGAGCUCAUUACGGAGAUCUACUAGCCAACCUCGUCUUAGGCCUAACCAUCCUGUGGCUCCCACUAACACUAGCAGCCGUGUCACGAGCCUUUAACCUACGUUACAGGUUCACUAACCUCCGCGUGACGGUGAUAUCGGGGCUCACCGGAGAAGACCGGAGCGAUUUCUCGUACAAGGUGAUCAAGGACGUACAGGUUGUGCCGAGGUUCAUAGGAGAAUGGGGUGACAUCAUCAUCACGUUGAGAGAUGGAACGAAAGUUGAUCUGAGAAGUGUUCCUAAGUUCAGAGAGAUUGCGAAGUACUGCUUAUCCAUGGCUGAUCAACCUGCUGUUGUCAAAGAAUCUGGUGCUAAAGGCUUCUGA